UUGACGUCAGGCUGUUCCUGCACCAUCGCCGGCAUCCGCGAGCCCCCAUUCGGGCAGGAGGGGCGAGAGAGGCAGCGAGCGCGGCCGGCCAGGGAGGGAGAAGGAAGCGAAGCCCAGCUCCCCCGGGGAAGCGUCCCGCAGCCCCUCCGGCUCGUCCUCAGCAUCCUCCCGCGGAAAGCGCGUCUCCUGCAGCCAUGUCUGUGGCAGGCUUGAAGAAGCAGUUCCAUAAAGCCACUCAGAAAGUGAGUGAGAAGGUUGGUGGAGCAGAAGGAACCAAGCUAGAUGAGGAUUUCAAGGAAAUGGAAAGGAAAGUGGAUGUCACCAGCAGGGCUGUGAUGGAAAUAAUGGCCAAGACAACAGAAUACCUUCAACCUAACCCAGCUUCCAGAGCUAGACUCAACAUGCUCAACACCAUGUCCAAAAUCAGAGGCCAGGAAAAAGGACCAGGUUACCAACAGGCAGAGGCCCUGUUAGCAGAUGCAAUGCUGAAGUUUGGAAAAGAACUUGGAGAUGAGUGCAACUUUGGCCCAGCUCUCGGUGACGUUGGGGAAGCAAUGAGAGAACUUUCUGAGGUGAAAGAUUCUUUGGACAUGGAUGUGAAACAGAAUUUUAUUGAUCCCCUUCAAAACCUUCAUGACAAAGAUCUGAGGGAAAUACAGCAUCACCUUAAAAAAUUGGAGGGCAGACGCCUCGAUUUCGAUUACAAGAAGAAAAGGCAAGGGAAGAUCCCAGAUGAAGAACUCCGCCAGGCUCUGGAGAAGUUUGAUGAGUCAAAGGAAGUUGCUGAGUUGAGCAUGUUUAAUCUGCUAGAAAUGGAUAUCGAGCAAGUGAGCCAGCUAUCUGCCCUUGUACAAGCCCAGCUGGAGUACCACAGGCAAGCCACACAGAUCCUCCAGCAAGUUAGUUCCAAGUUGGAAGAGAGGAUAAAAGAUGCCUCAGUUCAGCCCAGAAGAGAGUAUCAGCCAAAGCCCCGCAUGAGUUUGGACCUCUCUGAAAAUAACCAGCACAAUGGAGGGCUCUCUAAUGCCAGUACCCCUAAGCCCUCAGGUGUUCCCAUGGACCAGCCGUGCUGUCGAGCACUGUAUGACUUUGAUCCAGAAAACGAAGGGGAGCUGGGUUUUAAAGAGGGUGAUAUCAUUACCCUCACUAACCAGAUUGACGAAAACUGGUAUGAGGGGAUGCUUCAUGGCCAGUCGGGCUUUUUCCCCAUUAAUUACGUGGAUAUUCUCGUCGCUUUGCCUCAUUAGGAGGGCCGGGUCACCGUGUCUUAAUCUCCCCCCUCCCUCGAGAAAUAAAUAAAACAGGUCAUGUGUCGACA